UUUUUUUUUAGUGGCUCUAAUUGUUCAUCAAACCAAGUUCCAAGAAAAAAGUUAUGAUCAUUUUAGCUAGACAUUAUUCAAGUUGCACAAUGGGCCAUGCGACGCACAAGUAGGUACAAUGUGAUUGGUCGUGCGAUGCACCCCCCUUUCCAGACGUAAAUUUUCAUUGCUCUUUUAUUAAAUCAGGAGCAAACUAGUUCUCUCAGCCAAUUUGUUUUAAAUCCUAAAUGUCGUCCUAAACGAGCAAAUCAUUCUCCAAUUCCUAAUUCCUCUUUUCUCCCAAAUCUCCAAAGCUCCCAAGUCCAAGACCUUUCCGAAGAUUCUUUCUAAUUCGGAUUUUUGCCCUAAAUCGAAUUAAACAUCUUCUCUAAAGUAAAGUUUUCAGGCUCUUAAUUAGGUAUCAAAGACUAUGAUAAGGUCAUCUCUCAAAGUUUUGCUUCUUAAGUUAUUCGUCAAAGGUUCAAAGGCACAUUCUUGUGAUACUGUGCAGUAUUAGAUUUGUCUGGGGAGCUCCAACAAUUGAUGAGCCCUCCAUCUUCCGAAAGUUUAGUGUAAAAAUGGCUGGCAUGCUUCCUGGUGUUGAAUGUGCUAGAAGAAGGAGAUUUCAUCAAAGUAGUGGAUGUAUAGAUUCAUCUAGUACCUCUAGUUUUUCAUCCACAAGGAGGUCUUCUUUUUGUCUAUACACUAGUAACCAUGAAUAUCCUCUCAACUCAAGUUCAUCAAAGCAAAGGGGUGCAAUAAGCCAAGUAUACCAAGAUGAGAAACUAGAUGAAGCUGCUAGAGAAGCCAAGCAAAGGUUGGAUGAGAGGCUUAGUGCAAGAUGGAAGUCACAAAAUAAGAGGAGUCCCAAAAAUACACAACCAAAAGAUCAAAGACAAGGGAUGGUGGAGAAUAGGCCAAAUUUGCAAGGAGAAGUUUUUUCAGGACUAAAGAAAAGUGGAUCAAAGAAGUUCAAUUGGGCAAAAAUGAUAUGGAAAUUUCAAGAACAAGAUGAAUGUGCAAUUUGCUUGGACCAAUUCAAAAUUUGCGAUAACCUAACGCAAUUGACAUGUGCCCACAAGUUCCAUUCCAAGUGUUUGGUUCCAUGGCUAGAAGCUAAUGCACAUUGUCCAUGUUGUAGAAUGACAACAAUUUUGACUAGUACUAGCACAUAAUGUCUCUUUCUUCCAGCUUUUAGGUGUCCAAGAUUUCUAAAAAUGUACAAAAACAAUAAAUAAAUAGAUAUAAUAUGUGUCUUGUAAUAGAACCUAUUGAAUAUAUGGAGAUUUCAAGAAAUCUCUAUAGAGUGUAAGCUAUGACAACAAUUUACUCAACCAUGAUUUUUUUAUCUCAA